GCCGCCUUGCAAGAAGGGAGCGAAGGCGUGGUAGGCGUACCCAGCCGGCAGAGGAGGCUGUAGCGGCGGCGUUGGGAAGUAUGGACAACGCAGGGAAGGAGCGCGAGGCAGUCCAGCUGAUGGCGGAUGCCGAAAAGCGACUUAAGGCCUCCCACUCCUUCCUCCGGGGGCUGUUUGGAGGAAACACGAGAAUAGAAGAGGCUUGUGAAAUGUACACCAGAGCUGCAAAUAUGUUCAAGAUGGCUAAAAAUUGGAGUGCUGCAGGAAAUGCAUUUUGUCAGGCAGCCAAACUCCAUAUGCAGCUUCAGAGCAAACAUGAUUCUGCCACCAGCUUUGUGGAUGCUGGGAAUGCUUACAAAAAGGCAGACCCUCACGAGGCUAUCAACUGCUUAAAUGCAGCCAUCGACAUUUACACAGACAUGGGAAGGUUUACAAUCGCAGCCAAACACCACAUCACUAUUGCUGAGAUUUAUGAGACUGAACUUGUAGACAUCGAGAAGGCUAUUGCACAUUAUGAACAAUCGGCUGAUUAUUACAAAGGAGAAGAAUCCAACAGUUCAGCUAACAAGUGUCUGCUGAAGGUGGCAGCAUAUGCUGCCCAGCUUGAGCAAUACCAGAAAGCCAUCGAGAUCUACGAGCAGGUUGGGGCAAACACCAUGGAUAAUCCCCUGUUGAAGUACAGUGCAAAGGAUUACUUCUUUAAAGCAGCCCUCUGUCACUUCAUAGUCGAUGAGUUGAAUGCCAAGCUUGCUCUUGAGAAAUAUGAGGAAAUGUUUCCAGCAUUUACUGAUUCAAGAGAAUGUAAAUUAUUGAAAAAACUUCUAGAAGCUCAUGAAGAACAGAACAGUGAAGCUUACACUGAAGCAGUGAAGGAAUUUGACUCAAUAUCACGCUUGGAUCAGUGGCUGACUACCAUGUUGCUUCGUAUCAAAAAGUCCAUCCAAGGGGAUGGAGAAGGAGACGGAGACCUAAAGUGAAACCUUUAUGUGUCUUUGUGGCAUGCGGCUAACUCCUUUUUAGUUCCUCUUAGGGCCACGUGAUCUUUAUGGGAUGCCCAUUUAAUGGCUUAGUUUUGUUGCACAUGAACUAAACAAUGCGUGUGUGUUCGCCGUGUUUAUAUCCCUGUUAAGCAAAUGGAUAAAAGAAUCUCCCGUGCAUAUUGUGGGUGUGAGCGGCUAUUUCAUGCUUGCCCGAGUCCCCAGAGUUUUCUGAGUACUGCUUCAGAAUUUUAUUCUUGUUUGAUAUUUGCAGUCAUGUUUAAUUUUGCCACAUAUUCUGUCCUUUUUCUUGGACUUGAGAAUCUAACCCGGUUUGCUCUAAUCGAUGCUUUGCAUACUCUGUGAAUUUGCAUCUGGAUGUAUUCUCUAAGUGUAUGUGUUUAGUUUAGGGUGGUUGUGAGGAAUCAGUUCAUGACUUUCCUUAUUGUAAAUUUGUUGUUGUUAUCUUGUGA